UGAAGUGAUCAGCUGCUCCAACAUUACGGUCCGGCAGCCAGCACAUCAGAUCUCUCAGGCCUGAGCCCAGGCUUAUAAGGCAGAGUUGAAUACUACUCCCCCUCUGCCCUUGGUUACAAUGUCCAGCCUUACCUUGCCCUAUGUGCCGCAUUAUGUUGCUCCACCUCCUACCAAGGAACCUUUGAAGUACGCCGACCUUGCUGUCAUCGACAUCUCGAAAGCCGACACCGAAGAAGGUCGCGCCGCGCUCGCAAUUGAAGUAAGGGAUGCCCUCCUCAACCACGGGUUCUUCUAUGUCGUGAACCAUGGGUAUUCGCAAGACCAGGUGAGGCAUUUCUAUCAUUUUCUGUGGAUCGUUUAUCUCACCUCGACGCAGACAGCUCGCAUGUUUGACAUUGCGGACCUACCCUUCUCAGCCGUUAGUGACAGCGAGAAGCAAAUUUAUGCUGCAACAAUGAAACAAACGGGGUCAUACCAAGGAUACAAAUUACGGCAGUACUGGCAUAUCGAUGCUGGAGUCCGCGACCAGCUUGAGCACUACAACAUUAAUCGUGAUGUGACCAAGCGAGGACACCCAGAGGUACUCCGUCCUCUUCUCCCAGAGAUCAAGGAAUUCGGCAAAAAAACCUACUUGAACGUGUUGCAUCCAAUCCUGAGGCUUAUUGCGCGCAGCCUCGAGCUGCCCGAAGACACGCUGGUUAACAGCCAUGAUUAUGACGCCGUCGGCGAGACGUAUACCAGGUUCAUGAACUACCCACGAACAGAUGAAGAAGAAAGCAAAACAAAGAACGUUUGGCUGAAGGGACACACGGACUUCGGAAGCAUUACAAUUUUAUGGAGUCAGCCUAUCGCCGCACUGCAAAUUCUGACCCGUGAAGGCGAAUGGCGUUGGAUCCGUCAUAUGGAAAAUGCACUUGUUGUCAAUGCAGGCGAUGCAAUGGACUUCCUUACCGGCGGGUACUACAAGGGUACGAUUCACCGCGUUGUCCAGCCCCCAGAGGAUCAGCGGAACUACACUCGCCUUGGAGUAUUCUACUUUGUCAUGCCCAAUGACGAUGUCAAGUUGGUGCCGAUGGCCGAAAGUCCAGUGUUGCAAAGAGUUGGAAUUCAGAGACGUUGCGAUGAUAGCGAGGCACCGACGAUGGAACAAUGGAGGAAAGCGAGGACAUCUGCCUAUGGCCAAUCAGCACUGGAGAGUGGAAAGGAUAAAGGCGUAGAAGAAGAGAUCAUCAAUGGGGUGUUAGUUAAGCACUACAACUGAAGUUUGAAACUUUCAUGAUAUUAAAUGUACUUGCUGUCUCCUCGGCGAGAAUGUUGGCAAUAUAUACAAUGCAACAACGCAAGCCAAGUGCAACCGUGCCUACACUGCCUGUUGGGUACUGGAUAGCAUAUGAAUUCUAAUGAACUGCAUACGUACAGAAUCCAAACCCUAUCUGCGGUUACGUAGCA